ACUUCCUCAUCCUGGACACUCAUGUGACAAAGUCCAAUUUCUUUUUAUAGUUAAUUCAGCUGAAGUCUCUUUACUGCCUUUGAAAUCUUCGGAGCGAGCUCACCAAUUCACCGCCUCGUUAUGGGAGCGUCUGCCGGUUUUGCCAUAAUGAAGUGGCUGGCGUGGGUGUUUGUGGCGUGCUCUUCGGCGAUGGCACAGCUGAGUAAAGAUCCUACACUGGAUCACCACUGGCAUCUCUGGAAAAAAACCUAUGGAAAGCAAUACCAGGAAAAGAAUGAAGAAGAAGUGCGGCGGCUCAUCUGGGAGAAGAAUUUAAAGUUUGUGAUGCUUCACAACCUGGAACAUUCAAUGGGAAUGCAUUCAUAUGACCUGGGCAUGAACCACCUGGCGGACAUGACCAGUGAAGAAGUUCUGUCUCUGAUGAGUUCCUUGAGAGUUCCCAGCCAAUGGCCUCGAAAUGUCACUUUCAAAUCAGUUCCUAAUCAGAAACUGCCCGAUUCUGUGGACUGGAGAGAAAAGGGGUGUGUUACUGAGGUGAAAUACCAGGGUGCCUGCGGUGCUUGCUGGGCCUUCAGUGCCGUGGGAGCCCUGGAAGCGCAGGUGAAGCUGAAAACCGGAAAGCUGGUGUCUCUCAGUGCACAGAACCUGGUGGACUGCUCAACUCAAAAAUAUGGAAAUAAAGGCUGUAACGGCGGCUUCAUGACGGAGGCCUUCCAGUACAUCAUCGAUAACAACGGCAUUGACUCAGAAACCUCCUAUCCCUACAAAGCCAUGGAUGAAAAAUGCCAUUAUGAUUCAAAAAAUCGCGCUGCCACAUGCUCAAGUUACACAGAACUUCCCUAUGGCAGUGAAGAAGCCUUGAAGGAAGCCGUGGCCAAUAAAGGCCCAGUGUCUGUUGCUAUUGAUGCGAGCCAUUCUUCAUUCUUCCUCUACAAAAGUGGUGUCUACUAUGACCCCUCCUGUACUCAGAAUGUGAAUCACGGCGUAGUUGUGGUUGGCUAUGGUAACCAUGAUGGGAAAGACUACUGGCUUGUGAAAAACAGCUGGGGCCUCUACUUUGGUGAUCAAGGAUAUAUUUGGAUGGCAAGAAAUAGUGGAAAUCAUUGUGGAAUCGCCAGUUAUGGCUCUUACCCAGAAAUCUAGAAGAUCUCUUCAUUUUAAAACAAGUCAAGGAAAUGAAAAACUGUCUUUUAAUUUUAUCUGCUGUACACAUGUCAUGAUCAGUGUAUGUUUAGCAUACUAAUUAGAAAACAUAGUUUGCUUCUUCACUUUAUAACAUUGAAUAUCUCUUUAAAAAAGUUUGCAAAGUAAAUUAAUAAUGUGCUAUAGAUAUUAAAAGUAAGGACCAGGGAGAUAGCAUAAGUGCCUGCCUGGCAAGUGCAAGGUCCUGAGUUCAAUCCGUGGCACCAAAAAAGCAAAAAACAAGAAAACUACCUUACCUGAAACCUUUUAUAACUUCCUGACCUAAGAGAGCUCAAUAAAUCUAUCAUUUUAAAUUUCUAAAAUUGCCACAUACUCUAUUCAAGUUAUUCUUUGUUAACUAUUAGACUCACUUAUGAAAAUGUUCAUUGCUCUACAGCAGUGAUGGGUCAUACAAAUUGUAAUAGAAAAUAUUAGGUUAUAAAUAUCCUGAGGGCAUAAUCAUCAAUGCACAUAAAAGAAUUCAAUAAAUAUUUUUAAAAUUAAAUCAAGUUAUGGUACAGUACACAACUGCUUAGAAGUUAAGCAGUUUUCAAACAGCUUGGAAGAAUUAUUAUUUUUGUUUAUCUCUGCAGGGCUGGGAAUCAAACCCAAGGUCUUCCCCAUAGUAGGCAAAUGCUCCAAAGCAGCUACAAAGCUUUGGCCCAGGAUGAAUUAUUUUAAUAAUCAACAUUUUAAUAUAUUAGUUCAAAUUAUUUUCACUGAAGCAUCAACAAGUCAACCAAGGCCUUUUUUGGGCAAAUAAUUGAGUCAACCAAAAUAAACUGAUUUCUUUUUUUUUUUUUUUUUUUCAGAACCGGAGACUGAUUUCUUUUAAAAUGCUUCACUAUAGUACUUACAUUUUUGUCUAAUCCCAAUGAAUCUUCCUCAUAAUUGCUCCAAAUUAGUAGAUAGGCCAUGAACAGGUAACAUGAAUUUUAAAUUUUAUACAUUCAAGCUUAUGAGAUGAAAAAUGUAUAGGAUGACAUCAUUAAUAUAUGCUAAACUGACCUUAAAAUGAUUCACUGUCUUUGUUUCCCUCUCCAUAAAACACAUUUUGAGGAAUAAAAAUUGACUGGUACAUGCCUAUGAUCUCAGCAUUCAAGAGGCUGAAACAGGAGGAAUAGUAUGAGUUUGAGGCUAGCCUGGGCUG